UUGGCCUCUAUGCGCAGAAGCAUCAAUCUGGCGAUGUCUUCCGAACAGAAGAGAAACAUAGUUGUGUUUUUAUGUAUAAUAACUGUAGCUUUUUCCUAACUUGAUGUCCUGUGGUGCGUUGAGUGUAGAAAAGUUUACGAUUCUCAAUGGUUUUAAUGCGGAUCAUGAAAAGGCGUCAAAUGCUGACAGAGAGCCGAGGAUCAACACAAAACAAGACGCCAAACACAAACCUGAGUACCUGGGCGGACUGGCCGUUCUUCGGCGCAGUCUUCGACCCACUGUUAAUAAGUCCAGCAUUCAAGAACAGAGUGCAGAGUCCAUUGACGUUAGUGAGAACUCUAUAAAUUAUUCGAGUCAACCCAACAUUGAUCUAAAGUCAACUGAUUUGCGGGCGCCUUUGAAUGUGCGUAAUGGUUUCAAUGUCCAGAAAAGAUCUCUGGAUUACAAUGCUGGACAUCAGGCAGUCUUAAAAGGGUUUGAAGGCCACGGUUUUCAAGGGAAGGUCUAUGGUCCAUCAGCUGAGCACAACCCCCCACUCCAGUGAAUGGCUGUCGAUGAGGCCUCUGGUCCAGUGUAAUGACAACCUCAUGAUGUUCACUGCAUCUGGACGAGGAUACACGCAUCUACUUGUGGAUAGAGCGGGCGCCUCUCCCAUCUCCCUGUUCCAGCUGCCGCCGUCCUGUGGCUACCAUGUGAAGACUACCUGGAGAGAGAUGGUGAUGAUGGCACCAUACGAUGGAUGCUACAUCAUGCAGGAGCAUGGUAGUUAUGUCCUGCCCAUGCUGUGGUGGGGCAGCCCUGUGAAGAUCAUCUGCACAGUCCCCCACCCUGACCCCCGACCCCACCCUGUCCCCCCAAACUCUGUCCCCUCAGUACUCUGCUCCCACUUUGGCAUGGCCAUCCAGAUACACGGAGGGGAGGAGGUCAUACACACACUACAGGUCAUAGAGAACGGCGAGUGGGUGCCGUUUGUGUCUAAAGAGUGUGCCUACCAAGUGGAGUCCCACUCAGAAGACCUCAUCUUUUAUGUUCCCUUUACAGCCCCAUGUGUGACCAUCGGAAAUGGAGUUCAUCGACUGGUCCUAUUGGACGGCCAGGACUUCAUCCUCUCCUGCCCCUCACACCACCCACCUCCAUUUCCCUUCUUUCCCUCGCCUCCAUUUUCUCAACCCUUCUCUCCUGGUGACCCGCAGCAGCAGAUACCUGACCCUGUGACUUUUGCUCCCUCCACCAGCCCUCCCCUUACCUCUCCUCCCAUCACCCCAUAUACUCAACUCCCAGCCCAGGAACAGAUGCCCCAACUUCCAGCGUUCCCCCACCACCUCCCUCAUGGCAUGUAUCCCCAUUUCCCUUACGGUGGAGCUGGUUAUCACCCUCUCCUCCACCCUGGUCACGAUCCAUACCCUGGCUCCCAUCAGCUUCUCCCAGGGAGAUACCCAGGCCAGCAGCCCUUCUUCCCCAUGGGGCCUGGGACUCACCCCUACGCCUCUGGAGACCACCGUGACUCCUUUUACCUCUCCCGCCCCCUACCCACGAUCCCAUGCUUCACUAUUAUAAUAAAAUCACCCCUGGUGUCCACCGUCCUUCUAUCCAAAUGA